AUGUUUCCAGAUGAUAAUAAUGCAAUAUGUAAUCUAGAUUGUGGUCAAGCUUCAACCAGAGGCCAGCCAGAUAGAGGUUAUUGUAAAUUAAAUGUUGGCUGUGUUUGCUUUUCACCCUAUAUUGGCAAAAACUGUGAAUCACAGGUUAUAACUAUUCCACAACCGGAUAUUGACAAAGAGAAACCAGAUACAAAUAUAGAUUUUUCAGAUGAUUUGGGUAACAUUAAAAGCAUUAUUUCAAUUGUUGCUUUGAGAGAAAUCGAUUAUAUUACAUUAAAACCAGUUUAUACAUAUAAUUUCGAUAAAUGGAACUAUACUAAAAUAUCAGAUUCAAAAAAUCAGUAUUUGACCAAUCUAUAUUCAAACAAUAGCAUCAUGGGCAGCAAAAAUCAACUAUUACUUACAACAGUAAAUGUAACCUUGGAAUGGUUUUCCAAUCAAACUAACAUCACUUUUGCCAAUGAACAGUUAUCAAUGAAUCCAUCAUCCAUGAAAUAUACAAUCGGAAUAUCAAAAUAUAAAUUCGUAAAUAAAUUAAAUUCAUUACAAAUCAUAUUAAUGUCACAGAUCGAAUCAUCAAAAACAAAUGAUGUAUGUUCAAGUAAAGAGUUUAGUGAUUCCGAAGACUCAAAUUAUAUUAGGCUUCAAAUUGAUAAAAAAUCAUUUUAUGGUAGAUUUAUUAAAAGAGCUCUAGUGGAUGAUUCUCCAGUGAUUGUUAGAAAUGAAUUAUUAGACAAAGAUUUAAAUGCAAUUGGAAACUCAAAUAAAAUUCAAUCAUUCAUCGGUAUCAUGGUUCCUAAUUAUCAGACUAAUAUUAUUCUCGACCCAGAUUGGAGUGUAUUGUUAGAUUCAAAAAAUGCAAACUCUAAUUCAAAUGACUCAAUUUGCACAAAAAAGAAAUCAUUAACAACAUCUCAACUUGCAGGUAUCAUCAUUGGAUCUGUUGCAUUCUUUUGUAUUAUUGUACUUAUAAUAAUUAAAGUAAUUUAUUCAUCUCCAAGAUUCCUUUCUGUAAAAAUAUUCUUUUAUAAAUUAUUUAAAAAAACAUAA